AUGGUUCCAACUUGCCGACCAGUCCAGACCUGGCUUUGCCGUGAGGUUAAAUGUCACCCAGCCACUGUGAAAGCCGUUAAGGCGCUGCACAGCCAUGCCCGCCUGGGUGCCCUCGCCGCCCAGCACAAGCGCCCGAUGGAGGAGCCGACCGGCCCGCCCCGGAGGCCUGGCAGCCAGUUUGACUGGGCGCUGACGAGACUGGACAGCUCGGUGCGCAGGACAGGCCGCAUCCCCAAGUCGCUCCUGCAGAAGGUCUUCAGCCAAACCUGCAGCUCUGGCACCCCCAGUGGCAACCAGGCACUGCUGCUCCUGCGUAGCUGUGGCUCGCUCCUGCCAGAACUGCAGCAGUCAGAGAGGACUGAGCUCGUCCACAAGAUCUGGGACAAGCUCCAGAAACUGGGUACUGUGUAUGAUGUGAGCCAUUACAACGCCUUGCUGAAGGUCUAUCUCCAGAACCAACACGUCUUCUCGCCCACCGACUUCCUGGCGCAGAUGGAGAGUGCUGGUGUGCAGCCAAACCGGGUAACGUACCAGAGGCUAAUUGCCGCCUACUGCCACACCGGGGACAUCCAAGGGGCCAGCACAAUCCUGGGGUUUAUGAAGACCAAGGACCUUCCCGUCACAGAGGCGGUGUUCAGCGCCCUCGUGAUGGGCCACGCCAGAGCUGGGGACAUGGAAAAUGCGGAAAACAUCCUCUCUGUGAUGCGGGGUGCAGGGAUUGAGCCUGGGCCAGACACAUACCUCGCGCUCUUGAGCGCCUACGCUGAGAAGGGUGACAUCGACCGGGUUAAGCAGACCCUAGAGAACGUGGAGAAAGCCGACCUUUACCUCAUGGACCGCGACUUGCUGCAGCUCAUCUUCAGUUUCAGUAAAGCUGGUCACUCGCAGCACGUCCCGGAGAUUCUGGGCAAGAUGACAUAUGAGAGAAGAUACAUUCCAGAUGCGAUGAACCUCAUUCUGCUUCUGGUCACUGAGAAACUGGAGGACACGGCCCUGCAGGUGCUGCUGGCUUGUCCUGUCUCCAAGGAGCACACCAGGAGCGACUUUGGCAGCUUCUUUCUGCGCCACUGUGUGGCCAUGGACACGCCCGCAGAAAAGCUGCGGGAGUACUGCCGGCAGCUGAAGGAGGCCCAGAUGCACUCGUCCGCCCUGCAGUUCUCGCUCUACUGCGCGCUCGGGUCCAAAAAACUCGGGCUGGCAAAAACACUGAUGAAGGCCCUGCAGGAAGAAGGCUUUCCCAUCCGGACCCACUACUUCUGGCCCUUACUCGCUGCCCAUCAGAAGGAGAAAAACGUGCCAGGUAUAGUCGAGGUCCUCCAGGUGAUGCAGGAGAUGGGGGUGACCCCUGACCAGGAGACCUACAUCACUUACGUGUUUCCAGCCUUCGGGAGUGUGACAGCAGCCCGAGAAGCCCUGCAGGAGAGUCGCUGCCUGUCCGACCCUGGUGUCUUCUCUCUGGCCGAGCUGCGCACUGAUGCUGCCGCUGGGAAGCUGGACUCUGUCCUGUCGUUCUUGACGUCCAGCCCGCAACCCAUCUCCCUCACCGCCCUGAGAGGCAGCCUAGUCCUGGGCUUCCGGAGGUGCGUGGAUGUAGCGCUUUGGAGCGAGAUCACGAAGCUGCUGUACCAUGACCCUCGUUACUGCCAGGAACCACAGGGACCAGCUGAAGCUGUUGGCUACUUCCUUUAUAGCUUGAUUGACAGCAUGAGUGACUCCGAGGUGCAGGCCGAGGAGGAGCGUUUGAGACAAUACUUCCAUCAGCUGAGGGAGAUGAAUGUAAAAAUUCCCGAGAAUAUCUACAGAGGCAUCCGCAAUGUGCUGGACGGCCACCACACUCCUGAGCUAGCCAAGGACGUCAUUGCGCUGGUUGACCGAGAGAAGAUUGACUCUCGAAAAACAGUGCAGGUUGUCUCAUCUUCCGCUUUGGAGGAGACACUCGAGAAGAUGAAAGCAGAAAACCAGCCCCUGGGAGAGACCCUGAGGCAGCUCAUCCUGACGCUUUGUUCUGAGGAGAAUAUGCAGAAAGCUCUCGAGCUGAAAGCCAAGUAUGAGUCGGACAUGACCGUCAGUGGCUACGCAGCUCUCAUCGGUCUGUGCUGUCGGCACGAUAACGCGGAGGAGGCACUGAACCUGAAGCACGAGCUGGACCGCUUCGAUUCCUCCGUGGUCCUUGACACCAGCAAGUAUGUGUCUCUCGUGAGAGUCUUGGGGAAGCAUGGCAAGCUCUCAGAUGCUAUUAACAUUCUGAGGGAGAUGAAAGAGAAAGAUGUUCCCCUCAAAGAGGCCUCCGUGUUGUCCUUCUUCCACAUCCUCAAUGGCGCGGCCCUGAGAGGCGAGGCGGAAACCGUGAAGCAGUUGCUGGAGGCCAUCGUGACCCUGGGGCUGACCAAGCCGACCACUUCCCUCACCUCCCCUCUGGUCACGCUCUACCUGCAGAAGGAUGACCUGCCGGCUGCCCUGGACAUGGUCAUCGACUGCCACCAGAAGUACAAAACCCUGCCCAGGAUCCACGAUGUCUUGUGCAGACUCAUCGAGAAGGGCGAGACAGACCUCAUCCAGAAAGCCAUGGACUUCGUGAGCCAAGAGCAGGGGGAGAUGACGAUGCUCUACGACCUCUUCUUCGCCUUCCUGCAGACUGGGAAUGACAAGGAGGCCAAGAAGAUUAUUGAGACCCCAGGCAUUCGUGCACGUCCCACGAGGCUUCAGUGGUUCUGUGAGCGAUGCAUCGCCAGCAAUCAGGUUGAAACUCUAGAAAAAUUAGUGGAACUGACGCAGAAGCUGUUUGAGUGCGACCGAGAUGAGAUGUACUUCAACCUGCUGAAGCUGUACAAAGUGAACGGCGACUGGCGGAAGGCGGACUCUGUGUGGAACAAGAUGCAGGAGGAGAACGUGGUGCCUCGGGCCAAGACGUUGCAGCUGUUGGCAGAAAUCCUGAGGAGCGGCCAGCAGGAGGUCCCAUUCGAUGUGCCUGAGCUGUGGUACGAGAAAGAGAAAGACGCGCAGGCCUCCUCACCAUCUGUGCAGACGGAACUUCAAGACGCCCUGCUGAAGGCCUGCCGGCAGAAGAAGAGCCAAGAGGCCUUUGACGUCUUCCUGAGAGCCGAGAAGCAGAACAUUGUGCUGAGCAGCGACGCCUACAGACGCCUCCUGACGCAGCUGCUGGCCAGGGACAGCGACCUCGAGAGGGCCCUGCUGGUGAAGCAAGCCUCAGAAACCCACAUCAAGGGCUUCACACUGAACGUCGGCUGCAGCAGCCUCCUCAUCACUGCGCAAGUUAGGCGGGAUUAUUUGAAAGACGCCCUGGCGACACUGAAGGCAGCCUUCAGCCUACAGCAGGUACCCACACGCCUGUCCCUGACGCGGCUGAUCCAGGCCUGCGCCUUGAAGGGGGACCUGGACAGCGUCCGUGAGAUCCAGAAGAUGGUCACGGGGCUGGAGGCCUCCCUCGGCCUCUCGCGCAUGGUCUUCAUCAACAACGUCGCUCUGGCGCAGAUCAAGAACAACGCCGUCGAUGCUGCUGUGGAGGACAUCGAGAGCUUGCUCACUUCGGGGGACUCGGCCUUGGAUCCCCAGUACUUCGGCCUCUCCUACUUGUACAGGAAAGUGAUGGAGGAGCGGCUGGAACCUGCCUUGGAGCGCUUGAGCGUCAUGGCUGAGAGACUGGCCAAUCAGUUCUCGGUCUACAAGCCGGCCACUGACCUUUUCCUUCAGCUCUUGGAGUCGGGAAGGGCGGAUGAUGCCCGGGCACUGCUCCAGAGGUGCGGUGGGAUCGCAGAGCAGACACCCAUCUUCUCCGUGUUCUGUGUGAGGACGUCACAGAAGCGAGGAAAGGCGCCAACCCUGAAGCUGCUGGCAGAGCUGUUGCCUGAGCUGAUGGACACGGAGGAAGCCUACAGCUGCUUGAUGAAGAGCUACGCCCUGGAUGGUGACGUGGCAUCUGCGAAGUCCCUCUACGAGCACCUGACGACCCAUCAGCGGCCCCUGAACCAGUUGUUUCUGAAACGCUACGCUGCCCUGCUGAAGAGCCAAGGAGAGCCCGUGCCCUUCCCAGAGCCCCCUGAGAGCUUCGAGUUCUACGCCAAGCAGCUUCGUGAAUCGAAGGAAACCCUGUAAGCGCAGCUGCCUACGUAGAGCGAGAAUAAACCUUUAGCGGGA